UUACAUGAACACUCUAUCGCUCCCAGACGAGACUAGGCCUAAUUCUGAUUCCAUUUAUGCUAUCUGGCGAACAAAACAGAAGAUGUAGAUGCAGUUAUUUGUCUUGUAAAUGUGUUAUUUUGAUCCAGCUAAUGUUCGGCUAUGUUUUCUUGUGGAACUGACACGAGGAGGCCAGGAGGAGGAAAACCCAUGACACCAUGAGUCCUCCAGCUCGGCCUGUGGACUUGUGGCGUUGGCACAGGACAUUUGACUGCUUUCAGCAGCAGGCAAGCACAUCUCAGCUCUCCAGCCAGUUGACAACUGCCGUCUGGUGAUGGUAUGGACGGAGUAGCACAAUGAACAGAUACAGCACUCUCAGACAGCUCGGGGAUGGCACGUACGGAUCGGUCAUCCUCGGACGCAACCUGGAGUCAGGGGAGCUUGUGGCCAUAAAGAAAAUGAAAAGGAAGUUUUACUCCUGGGAAGAAUGCAUGAACCUCCGUGAAGUCAAGUCCUUAAAGAAGCUCAACCACGCUAAUGUCAUCAAGCUGAAGGAGGUCAUCAGAGAAAAUGACCACUUAUAUUUUAUCUUUGAGUACAUGAAAGAAAAUCUGUAUCAGCUCAUGAAAGACAGGGCUCGGUUGUUCCCAGAAUCGGCUGUGAGAAACAUCAUGUUCCAAAUCCUCCAGGGGCUUGCAUUCAUUCAUAAACAUGGGUUCUUUCACAGAGACAUGAAGCCGGAGAAUCUUCUGUGCAUGGGCCCAGAGUUGGUGAAAAUAGCUGAUUUUGGCCUAGCACGAGAGAUUAGAUCUCGACCACCGUACACCGACUAUGUGUCCACCAGAUGGUACCGAGCACCAGAGGUCCUCCUCAGAUCCACAUCCUACAGUUCCCCCAUAGACCAGUGGGCGGUGGGCUGCAUCAUGGCAGAGCUGUACACCCUCAGACCUUUAUUCCCCGGGUCCAGUGAAGUGGACACAAUAUUCAAGAUUUGCCAAGUUUUGGGUACACCAAGGAAGAAUGAUUGGCCAGAGGGAUUCCAGCUGGCCAGUGCCAUGUAUUUUCGUUGGCCUCAGUGUGUUCCAAGCAAUCUGAAGACACUGAUUCCUAACGCCAGCCCUGAGGCCAUUCAUCUGAUGACUGACAUGCUCCAAUGGGACCCCAAGAAGAGACCAACAUCUGCACAGUCUCUCAGGUACUCCUACUUCCAUGUAGGCCAGGCUUUGGGUACACCUCAGCAGAUCCUGGAGCAGGGCAGACCACAGCCACAUCCGUUACCCUUACAGACACCACAGCAGCAGCCCUUACAUCUAAGGCCUGUGCCCCCCGCCCAUGCCCAUCCCCACAACCAGCACUGUACCCCCCCCAGACCUUUGCAGCAGAUCCAGCAGCCCUCUCCUGUCCCGGCCCCACCGCCACCUGCGGCUGCGUACCAACGUCAUGUAGAGCUGGUGCGAGAACACCAACCGAAACACGUUCUCAAGCAGGAGCCCGGCGAAGGAAUGCCACAGUCUCAUCUUCCCUACAUUGUUGACAACAGCAAGACAAGACAGGAAAGUGAGAACACAAACCUCCUGGGCUAUCAAAUGAAAGCGAAGGGAGGGCGUCGCCGUUGGGGUCACGGCACAGGACACCUUAAAGAGGACGAGUGGGACGACUACGAAGACACCGAACUGACGCCUUUGAGUGCUCUGGGAAAAAACAAAAUCUCCAGAGAGAAGUCAAGGCAGGGAGAGGAGCCGCUCAGAAGACAUAGCGACAUUCUGGACUUUAGUCGACCUAAUGGAAAAGAAGAAGCACCUUUAAACCUCAACAAGACGUCAGGCUUCCAGGAAGCAUCCAGGACGGCGUCCGCCAAACAGCACUACCUGAGGCAGUCACGUUAUUUACCAGGCAUCAGCAUGAAGAAAAAUGUGGCCGUAAAUGCUAGUAAAGACUUGAGCGGGAGCCAUCUGUGGGGCAACAGCAGUAUUCCUUUUGGUGGGACUUUGCCAAGCAGAGGUCUUCACGGUACAAAUACAAUCCCAGGAGGAUGUAUGCCAACAUUUUAUAAAAAAGAUGCCAGCUCUGUUAAUCACAAAGGUCAUCAGGGUCCCUCUUUGGAAUCCACAGCGUCAAAUUAUGCAACAUGGCGAUCGGGUAAGAGUCAGAGGAACACCUCCAUCAACACAGCCAACAAAAGCCCCCCUUGUCUGUUACCACGUGCACCAGUACAGACCAUCCACGGGCGAAUAGACUGGUCUGCCAAAUAUGGACAACACCGCUAGUGGCCUCCCGCUCUUUACAUUACCUUCCAAAGAGAAGGCUUCGUUGUUUUGUACAUACAUCUUAACGCAGCAAUAAUGUUUGUUCAACUAUACAAUGUACCAUGGAUGUUGUGUGUGUGUGUGUGUAUGAGAGAGGUUAAAUGCAACCAGCCAAAAAUAUUUGCACCUAUGUGAUAUGAAUUUUUCUGUAUCAUAACUCUAACUGUCCUGCUGUGGUUAUACCUUUAAGUUUUGUAUGGUUUGCUAUUGAACGUGUUUACCAACCUGUCUACAUGAGAUGCAUAUUAUUAAGUCACACCGUGACUUGUUUAUAGCCAAGUAAUUACUUUGCCACGCUAUAAUACUUUGUAUAUACUGCUGGGGUUUUUGCUUUUUUAUUUUUUUUUUACUUUGUGAUGCUAAUGACUUAACUAUUAUUUUUGUGUAUUGUUUUUCAAUUAAAGUCAAGGCAGUGA